AUGAUAACUCAUGGCUUUGGUUCUUCUCCAAACUGCGAGAAACCUAUGGAGAACCCGAAGUACUCCACAGGAUUGGCUAUAGUUUCUGACAGACAUAAGAGCAUAGACAAUGCAGUACAUAUGGUGUACCCAAAUGCUUUCCAUGGAGCUUGCAUGUUUCACUUACUCAAUAAUUUGAAAGGAAAGUAUGGGAGCCAUGGAGAAGAACUACAAAUGAAAUUCAUUGCAGCAACAAAAGCAUACACAAAGACAGAAUGUGAAAACUACAUGAAAGGCCUUGAUAGAAUUGAUAGACGCAUUAGGCCCUAUUUAGAAAAAGCCAAGUAUGAAACUUGGGCAAGAUCAUACUCGCCAACAAAAAGAUACACCAUGAUGACAUCCAACAUCGCAGAAUCACUCAACGCUGCACUAAAAGCUGCAAGAAAUCUCCCCAUUGAUAUCUUGGUUGAAUGCCUUAGAAGUUUGGUUCAAAAGUGGGUUUGGAACAACUCAAAUAAUACAAAUGGAACAUUCACAAAAGUCUCUACAGCAACAGAAAAUGAAUUGAGACAUGACAUUGUUUCAAAAAUGAAGUAUGAGGUCUUGCCUUUCAACACAAUAGAAUACCAAGUUCGUGAUCAAAAGGGGAUAAAUUUCACAGUAAAUAUACAUAAUAGAACAUGUACUUGCAAUAGGUUCCAAGAAGAUGAAAUACCUUGUAGCCAUGCAGUAGCUGUCAUUGCAAAGAGAAACUUGAGUGUGUAUGAUUAUUGUGCAAAAUUCUACAGAACAGAAACGUUGAAAGCAUUGUAUCAAGAAAAUGUUCAUCCUUUGCCCCAUAAAGAUGAAUGGAAUCUCCCACAACACUUGGACAUAAUAGUGCUACCUCCAAAUGCAACAAUCCCAGCAGGAAGACCAAGAAAGAAACGAAUAAGAUCAAGAGGGGAACAUAAAGUAAUAAUCACCUGUGGGAAAUGUGCACAACCAGGACAUAACAGGAAGACUUGCAGGAAUCCUCCAUUUGAGAAGCCAAACAAACAGAAAAAGCCAAAGACAUAG